CCAAAAUAGCUUGUUAUAUACUGCUAAUGCGAGCUCAUUAUUUCCUACAAUCAAGCUAUCAAGAAUGCCCUUAUUUUUCAAUGUUAGUUCUUGAACUUCUUAUUUUUAUAAACCCUUCUACAUCUCUCGUUCUAGACUUCACUUAAAACCAGAUUCCAUAGUAACCUUCCUUGUUUACAUUGGUUGAAUCUGUCUAUUGCUUCUUGCAACCUACAUUACCACUCUCAUUGCAACAAGUAAUUCCAGCUUGGAAAACCAACUUCAACACUGCCUGCACAUAAGAACAACUAAAGAAGAUAUGGUCUCUUGACUCUUCCUGGUUGGAACAUAGAGGACAAUUGAUUACAAUGUCAGGUCGCCACUUCUUGAUCUUGUCAAAGGUGUUAGCCCUAUCAAAUACAAAUAACCAAGCAAGUAGGAGAUUCCUUGCUAUUAAGUAUUGCAACCACAUAAGUUUUCCACAUGCUUUAUGCACAUGCUUAGGCCUGAAAAUUUCCCAGAUCUUCUUCACUUUGUAUUUAGUCAUUACAACUCCAUCCCAUGUCGUUCCAUUAUGGUUUUUUUUAUCUAAGUGCAUUGAUGAUACAUGAAAUACACUAUUCUAGACCCUCGUAUUGAUGAUCAAAAGUGCAUUGAUUUCUCAUAUUUAGCAUCAUAGUACAUUGGAUUUGCUAUAUGAAUUCUUAAAAUGAUUUUGAGACUGCUUUUGUUAUCAAGUUACGAUUUUGGUAGAGUUUUGUGCAUUUUUUGGUCAAACUAGACUAAUGGACCACAUAGGAGCUUAAGGGAUGUCAAGGCCCAGCUGCUGGAGCAAGAAUCAAAGGAAGAAACCUAGGCCUAGAAACGACGCUCUAAUUGGUGGCGAAGGUUGAGAAACAACAUUGUAGCCUCCGAUUUUAGGAAGUUCUCACUUCAUCAAGAAGGUGUCCAUAAGUUAUCUUGUAGUGUUAGCUCCAUGAAAGGACUCUUCUGAUUGGUUGUAUGAUCUCCCAGGAAACUUUACCCAACACCUAUAUAAAGGUCUUUAGGGUUUAGAACUCGAUAGCCAGUGAUAGGAGGUAGUGAGAGGGUCAUUACUCUGCUAACAGAGUUCCCCACCAAACUCAGAGUGACACCAGUUACCGGGAGGAAUCGGCAGCAGAAUCGGCACCCUUAGGCUCAAUUUUUCUGUUGAGGGUGUUGAUUCUAGAGGUAUUUUGGGAGCUUUAUUUUGCUCGAGGACUCCCCAGAAACAUGUCCUCGUGGUUGGAUAUGUAGAAUUCGAUGUUUAGUAUUCAUUACUGAUGUUUCUAUCUUAUUAUCAUUUGUUCAUAAUUUUCUAUAUGUUAUGUAUUAUUGGUUUGAAUGAAAACCUGGUUGGGCUUGCAUCCCUUUUUGUUGCAAGUAUGAAACCAUAGUCUUUUAGAACAAGACUAGACACGGCGGCUCUACUUGAUCGAUCAUCAUUCGAUCAAAUGGUGUGAUACCUCAAGGGAGAAAUUUGUAGGGUACUCGUCGUCUGUUGGUUUGUAGGGAUAUUAUGAAUUAAAGCAGGAUUAGAUAAAGUAAAUUAACAACUCAUAUGUUUCCAUUAUCAAGGGAAUGUAUCUAGUCACUCCAAGGGAAGCUUUGCCUAUGCAACGCCUCUCUCUUCUGCGGCCUCACUCAGACAUUAGAUUAUAUUUACUUUUCAUGCAUAUGCGUUCUUUACUUUUCUAUUUUGAUAAACCAGAGGCACCUCAACCUCCUACAAAAAAUUUCAUUCAACAUAAAACUCAUCUCUCACCACCUGAGUUAGUGGUUGCGAGAGACUCUAGGGAAUACGAUCCUUACCUUCAGGCCAGAUAAAUUUGAUUACUGCUACAAUCGAAGAUCAUGUCCCAUUACCUGACUUCUCGGCUUCACCACUUUAUUCCAAAGCCAUGAUCAAGGAGUGUUAGUUUCCCACACACUCACAUUCGUCAAUCAUUAUUCUUAUAACAAAACUAGCCACAAUUUUUCGUGGUUUGAAAGUGCACUCCAUAUAUGUUUAACAAUACAUGUUUGGUUUCUACUAUAUAAAUCCUUGAAUCCUAGUUAUGUUUGCUCUUUUGACAAUGCCACCAUCUUCUAUGUAACCUUGGCUCUUUUCUUCUUCGAGACCCAUACAAAUUAAGAACAUUGCUUUUGAAUUUCUAAUAUGAACUUCUUGGGUAGCUGGAAUAUUGUCAUCCAAUAUUGAGCCACACUUGCAAAUAAUGAUGUCACUAAUUGCAUUUCCCCUACAAAAGGAGAGGUCUUUGGCUGCAUCUCGUAAUUGUGUAUAUGAUUUUAUCCAUUAAGGUGUUGCACUCAACUGUGUUUAAUUUUGUAGAUAUCAAGAGUACCCUCAGGCAAUAGAGUCAAAACCGCGUUUUAAAACUUAAAAGCUUACGAUUUUACGCUUCUAGAUCACCAAAACGCUUUCUUUUCCAUGUAAAAUCUUUAGUGUGAAAUAUCAAACUAAAUUGCGCUUUAAAGUUAAAAAUCUUACGCUUUUACAUUUCCAGUUCACCAAAACGAUUUAUGCUUUUAUUCUUUCAUUUCACUAAAUGGGUAUUCUUUUCAUUAAAUUAAUAAUUAUAAAAAUUAUAUUUUAAAGAUAAACAACCAACAAUACUUGGAUGCAUUCUCACCAAAAUACUUUUAUGUUUAUGAACUUAUUGUUAAGAUGCUAUAAAUUGCUCUACUUUAGACUUGAAUUGCAGGUAUUUAUUAGCUUACCAAAAUUCUUCGCACUCAUAUUUUACAUAGUAUAUCUAUAUGUCGUAAUUAACAGAUUUUUCGUUAUUUUACAGCAUGCGUAAAAAACUUAGGCUUUUAAGCUUUGGUUCUACGCUUUACAAUUUUACCCAUUUUUUGCUUCUAGGUAGAAUCGUUAUUUUAACUGAAUUGCCCCCAAGUAUCUAACAUGCAACAACCCUUCUUAAAGCUCUGGCUUCAUUAUUAGAUCUAUUCUUAAAACAUCCUCCAUCCCUCCAAAAGAGUUCAUUUUUUUGUGGAUUACAUUUGAGGCCAUAAAUCCUAUAAAAUUGUUGCAAGAUCUCAUCCACACCCUGAACUCCCUCCACAAAUCACUCAGUGAAUAUUAAGAGGUCAUUGUAAAGCAUAGGUGAGUAAACCUAUUCUUUGACACUAUGGGUGAAAAGGUAUGAACUUUGUUUCGCUAGCGCUUUUAAGCAUGCAACUCAGAACUUCCAUAGCUAUUGCAAACAAGUAGGGUGAGAGAGGAUUCCCCUUCAUCAACCCUUUCUUUGCUUGAAAAGGACUAGUAAAAAUCUCAAUGAUGCAUACAGUAAAUGUAGUAGACAAUCCAUAUUACACUGUCGAAUGGCUUCAUGAUAUCUACUUUCACAACAUAUUUAGGUGAUAUAUUCUUCCUUUUGAACCACUUAACCAUCUCAUGAGCUAUUAUUAUAAUAUUAUCACUGAUCAUCCUCCAUUUAAUGAAGGUUGACUGGUUCU